AUGCCACAGCGAUCGCCGUUCGCGAUCCAGGAGCUGCUGGGGCUGAAUGGUGCCGGAAACGGAAGCGGUACCGAUCGCGGCUCACCACAAGGAUCACCGCCGGCCGGCGUCUCCGCCGUUUCUUACGCGCCCACCGCGCCUCAUCACAAGUUAUGGGACUACAUGCCUAGCCUGACGAAUCAUCUGGGCAAUCUGGGGAAUCUUGGGAAUCUGGGCAACCUCACGGCCUCGCGGAUGGCCUAUCUGAAUGCGCAGGCGGCCGUCGCGGCUGCCUUCCUGCCGCCGCCCCACCCCCACCCUGCACACCAUGUACCGCAUCAUCAGGUACAUCAACCGGGACAACUUCCGGCCUCACCGGCCGGUGUCAACGUGCAUCCGGGUGCACACGCGCAGCACGUACUUCCGGGUACCGCAGUCACCGCGAACCAUCAUCAGCACAGUCCGACUCAGCACACGCCACCCCAUGGUGAGUUGAUCCUUCUUAUCAUUCCUUUUAUUUCAGACUUCAGUCUAGAAGACAACUUAUUCUCGAUUUUAAUUCGAGAACUCACUCAGCGAAAAGAGCUAAUUAGAUUUCGAUCCUAG